AUCCUGAUAGUUGGCGGCUCUGAUGGGUUACUGCUUCAUACCCCAAGCCGUAUAAAAAGGCGCAAUCAACACCACCAUUCUUCAUUCUUCUUCCUCCCAUCCUUCCCAAUUCAACACAGGUCAACAUUCCCAUCUUCUACAUCACGAUGUCUAAGGUAUACUCAAUAGUGAUAAAUGUGAGGUUGGAUUGCGAAAUUUGUUACAAGAAGAUCAGCAAAGCGAUAUGCUCCAUCUGCGCCUGCGAGUUGCAGAGCAAGUGCUUCAAUGAGAAGGAGAACACGGUGACCAUCACGGGAACCUUCGAUCCCCACAAGGUGAUGAAAAGCCUCUGCCGGAAAGCCGGGAAGUGGAUCCUCGCUUAUGAAGUCAUCGAGGUUAAAAAAGAGGAAGAAAAAGCUCCUGAACCAGACCCUAAACCUGCACCAGCACCAGAACCUGCACCACCACCACCAGCAGAACCUGCACCACCACCAGCACCGGAGCCAGCUCCCGCGCCGCCACCAGAACCAGCUCCGCCACCGCCGCCCGCGGAGGACGACGGCGGCAAGGACAAGUCCCAGAAUGGCAAAAAGAACGGCAAGAAGAAUGGGAAAUCCAAGAAGGUGGUGUUCCUGGUGGUGCCGUCCAAGCAUCCACCACCGCCUCCUCCAGCUCCAGCUCCAGCGCCCGCACCACCACCUGAUCCAGCACCAGAGCAACCUCCACCACCGCCUGAUCCGAAACCAGAGCCGACGCCGCCACCGCCGGAACCUAAACCAGAGCCUCCCGCCCCAGAAAAGAAACCCGAGCCGCCAGUCGGCACACCGUACGCCUUGCCGACAUUCGGCGCGCCGGCUUACUGGUGCACCUGUGGGCCAUGUCACUGCGGAUGCUACUACCGGGCGUGCUACGGUGUGCGCGAGGUCGCCCCAUGCGCCUGCGCCUGCAGCUACAGGCGUCAUCACGGCUACCAUGGUCAAAAAUGCGAGUUCUUCAGCGAGGAGGACCCUAUGUGCAGGCUCAUGUAGCGACGGGGCCCCCCGCUAGGCCGCCGCCGGUCAAGCGCCGGCCGGCAUAGUUGGUAUGGUUCAAUUCUCAUGGACAUAGCUCUUUACGCCGGCUGUCGGUGAAAGGAGGCACUUCCAGAAGCUUCCUUGUCGUUCCUAGAGGGUUCGAGUCGCAAUUUGUUCCUUUAAAAUUAUCCGGCGAAGGGGCAUAUUAUAAUAUACGAGCAUUUAGUAAAUACAUAAUACUAUGAAAUCAUGUGGAAGUGUUGAUUAAAUAAGAUCCAAAGAAUAUGAAGAUUAUGAAUAAGUGUAUUUUGGUAUAUUUUCUUCAA